AUGACUGGUGUAGGUAUUGAUCUUGGUACUACAUUUUCAAGUAUUGCAUUCUUCCUCGAAAACAAAAACCAACCAGAUGUUGUUGUAAUUGACGGCCAACGCUCAAUUCCUUCUGUUGUUGGUUUUGUAAAUGGAGAAACAAUUAUUGGUCAACUAGCUAAAACUCAUAAAGCAGAAUAUGAAAACCAAGUUAUUUAUGAUACAAAGAGAGCCUUAGGCAAAAUGUACAAUGAUCCUGUGAUCCAAGAUGAUAAAAAGUCAUGGCCGUUUCAAAUUUCAGCAGAUGAGAAUGGGUACGUUCAGUAUGACAUUUCUGAUGAUGGUAAGACCAUUCAUAAGACUCCAGAAUCAAUUGCCGCCUUACUUUUGAAAUUUUUAAUGGGAAAAUUGAACAUGACUCAAACACAAAAGGUACAACAUGCUGUCAUUACUGUUCCUACCAGCUUUUCACGCAUCCAGAAAGAGAAAAUCCAAAUUGCAGCCAAAGCCGCAGGAAUUCAAGUUGUUUCCUUCCUUCCUGAAUCAUCUGCCGCCGCCAUUGCAUAUGGACUUCUUAACAACACCGAGCAGAAGCUUCUCAUCUUCGAUUUCGGUGGCGGUACACUUGAUGUCUCUGUAAUCGAAAUCAACAAGAAUAACGAAGUCAAAGAGCUCGCUACAGCCGGCGACUCCCAUCUCGGUGGUCGUAACAUCGACAACAAAUUGGCUGAGUACAUUUUCGGGAAAUUAGCGGAAAGUGGCAAGGAUUACAGGAAUAACAAGAAGGUAUUAUCUAUUGUUCAAGAUGCCUGUGAAAGAGCGAAGAUUGCUCUAUCAAACAAAGGUACAAUUCGUGCAGAUAUUUCUUUCAAUUUUAAUCAAGAGAGCUACUCAUAUACAAUCACUCGAAAGAACUUUGAGAAGAUCAACGACGACAUUUUCGACAAAAUUCUACCUCCAGUUGAAGAAGCCCUUCGAAAGGCAAAUUUGACUAAAGAUCAAAUCACAGAUAUCCUUGCCGUCGGUGGUUCCUCUCAUAUCCCAAUCGUUAGAGAAACUCUUUCCGACUUCUUCGACAAAGAUCCACUAGAUUCGGGAAUAGUCACCGACGAAGCCAUUGCUAUUGGCGCUGCCAUCUACUGCAAGACAAAGCUCAAGGAAGGAGAUGCACCUCUCGAUUCCGAUUCAGAAUUUCUCACAAAACUCUCUGAAUCUAGUUCGGACGACGAAAAUGACUUACCACCACCAAGACCAGCUCCGAACCCCGUCAACACUACUCCUGCCUUCGCAAAGCCUCCUCCUGCAAGACUUGGAGGACAAAUCGCACUGAAAGUCGUCAACAAAGUUCCUCAUACUAUAUAUACAAGGGAUGUUGAUGGAUACUACGAUGUUAUAUUUAAGAAAGGCAGCGAUAUGCCUGCUACAAAGAAUUUGAGCUAUGGAAUGGCAUUUACAGAUAAUGGAGAAAGUUUCCAUGUUUUGGAAGCAGUUACAAUCGAAAUAUUCGAAGGAAAUGAUGAUCCGAAGAAUCCAGAGUAUAACUUGAUUAAGAGAUACACAUUCACUCUUCCUAAGGAUGUCCAAGGAAAACAAGAAGCAACAAAGGAAACAUACAACAUAGAUGCUGCAGGAAACCUUAGUGUAAACUUCAAAUUCCAGUUGAGUGGAAAGGAAUACAAAGGAAACGUGGAGAAAGAUGCACUGUUCCACAACGAUGAACAGUUCAGAAAUAUGAUGCAUGAUGUAAAUAGACUAAUGAAGCAGGAAAAAAUCAAUUUGUAA